AUGCAACGAGUAUUCAACAUCCUUCGCGCUCCAGGCGCAAGACAAGAAAUCGAGGGCGCUGCACCAACCCAAGUGGUAGCUAACGCAGAGUCAGGUGAGAAAGAGAAGGAUGUUGACGUUUCUGUCGAGAAUGAAAAUACAUAUACGGUUUUGGCCAAGUCGAGGCUUCUGGAUCGCUGGCUCGAUAAGGUUGUGGAAGUGUCUGGUUCCGAGUUCGUCUACUUCACAAUUAUCGUUGCUCUCCUUGUAUGGGCAUUCCUGGGAAUCCCAUUUGGCCGGUCCAACACUUGGCAGGUCACCAUCUCUGAUGCUCAAGCCAUUGUCAAUAUGGUCUUCGAUGCCUUUCUUAUGCGCCAGCAACUGAACUCACACGACUCUCUGGUUAUGGUCGCCGCCUCCCUGAGAUCCCGCAGCACUAGCAACAAGAGGAUGCUCAAGCAACUAAUUGGGAGUGGAAAGUACGAGAAAGUUGGGCCGACUCGAUUUCAAGAGUUACAGCAGACAACAUUCGCCUCCGAACUCCCUGCAGAAAAUUGGUUGGGUCGACUCUCCACCGCAUUAUCGGCCUUCAUGGGCCAUCUCGCUACAGUAUUCGGCUUCUGGGUCUGCAUCUUCAUCUGGAUUGGAUUUGGCAAAUACUGCAACUGGUCUACCACCUGGCAACUGUACAUCAAUUCGGCUACGUCGGCAUUGAUGGUCUUCAUCCUGGCGUUCCUAGCAAAUAUUCGCGAACGUCACACCAAGUACAUGACAAAAUGCUUGGAAUCGAUCUGGGAGGUCGAUUCUGCUCUCGAGCUCAGACUGCGCACUAUCACAGGCGAUACAAUAGAGAACGCGCCUAUAGUCAUUCCCGCUCCUAAGCGAAGCAGAAUCCAGCGUGGAAUCGACUAUUACUCAGAUCUUGUUGGUACUCUUCUUGGCAUCGCAAUUCUGAUCUUUGUGAUCAUUGUUUGGGUGGCAAUCGGUCCAGCACUUCACUUCGAUGCCAACUGGUGGCUUCUAAUUGGCACUUAUGCUGGGUUGAUCGGGUUGAAUGAUGGUUUCGUUCUUCGCAAUGUCUGCACGGUACUUGGAGACUUUGAUAAUGAACAGUUCACGCAGGUGGAAUAUGAGGACAUGGAUAUGCUUGCCGUGAUUGGUGUCGAAAAGCUUAAAGAAGAGCGGGUUGCAGACAAUUCUCUCACCUGCCGGAUCUCUGUUCGAGUGGGUGAUAUCUGCUCUCAUGAGUUGACGGUAGUCUUAGGAGCAAUCACCAUCAUUGGCUUGAUUAUUGGAGCCAGCUCCAUGGGUUGGAGUGUAACUGGACAGCUACUUUGCAAUGUCCCUCCUAGUAUCAUUGAGUCAUUCUUCACCAUGAUCUUGAUCACUGGUCAUAAUAUCGGAGAUGCCAAGAGACGCGUUGACCUAUUCAAUAUUUACCUUAGACGAUUGAAGCUUGUUUCUUACAUCGACAUGUUAGCCAAGGCCGAGCAAUUCGAAAAGGCGGAAGAACAGGGCCGGGUUGGUGAAGUUGUGGAAAUUGAGGAAUAG